AUGCAAACAGAACAAGACCCGGAAUCGCAAAAACAACCCACCCAACUCGACUCCCCCCACGAUUCAUCAGAAGAAGAAGAACUAGCACUGAAACCACAGCCCUCGAAUUCGUACGGAAUCCCAACAUGGCGCAAAUGCCUGAUCCUCUUCGUCGUCAGCUGGAUGACUCUCGCCGUGACUUUCUCUAGUACUUCUCUGCUACCCGCAACACCGGAGAUCGCAACCGAGUUCUCGACCACGUCGGAGAUUCUCAAUGUGACGAAUGCAGGCGUGCUGAUUGCCAUGGGCUUUUCGUCUUGUAUUUGGGGUCCCAUGACCAACUUGUUUGGGCGGCGCAAUGCGUAUAAUGCUGCCAUUCUGGUGCUUUGCGCUUGCUCCGCGGGCACUGCUGUGUCGAUUAAUUUGCAUAUGUUUAUUGCGAUGCGCAUUCUGAGUGGAUUCACCGGCACCUUCUUCAUGGUUGCUGGGCAGACUAUUCUGGCUGAUAUCUUCGAGCCGACUGUACGGGGAACGGCUGUUGGUUGUUUCAUGGUUGGGUCUGUCAGUGGUCCUGCUAUUGGACCCUGUAUCGGUGGUAUUAUUGUCACAUUUGCACACUGGCGCAUCAUCUAUUGGCUGCAGUUUGGAAUGACGUUGUUUGGUCUGGUUCUGUCUCUUCUUUUCGUGCCGAGUAUCCAAGAAAAGAAGCAAGUCAUGGCCCUGGACAAGCGUCGCGGAUUCUGUGAUGUCGUCGGCUUAUUCAAUCCCCUGCGCAUCUUCCGCCAUUUCAUAUAUCCGAAUGUCUUUCUUGCAUGCUUCACGUGUGGUCUACUAGCGACAUUCCAAUACGCCAUUCUCACUUCGGCCCGCUCAAUCUUCAACCCAAGAUUCAACCUCACAACUCCACUCGUCAGUGGUCUCUUUUAUCUCUCGCCGGGUAUAGGCUUUUUGCUUGGCAGUGUGGUCGGAGGCAAGCUAUCCGAUCGUGCCGUUAAGAAAUGGAUAAUCAAACGCAACGGUGUGCGUUUGCCCCAGGAUCGACUCACCAGUGGUCUUGUAACGCUAUUUUUCGUUCUCCCAACCGCAACUUUAAUAUACUGUUGGACCUUGGAGGAAGAGGUCGGCGGGAUGGUAGUGCCCAUUAUCGCUGCUUUCUUUGCAGGUAUGGGACUUUUGGGAGUUUUCAAUGGUUUGAAUACAUACGCAGCUGAGAUGAUACCCCAGCACCGCUCAGAGGUUAUCAGCUGCAAGUACAUUGUGCAGUAUAUCUUUGCGGCUGGUGCAACUGCUGCAGUUGACCCAUUGAUCGGUGUCAUUGGUGUCGGAUGGACAUUCACCAUUUGUGUUUUCUUCGCUAUAAUCAGCGGCAUCUUCGUCCUCAUCCUUACGAAAUGGGGCAUCGAUAUGCAGCGAUGGUCUGAGAGGAAGUUCAACCUCGACACAAAAGCUUAA